ACUGCGAGUGGAGGCAGAUGUAGGCUUGGCGCGGUGACGUCAUCUCGCCGCUUGCUCUCGAGCCCGGCCCCACCCCCUCCUUUCCCUCCUCAGCCUGUGGAGGAGCCGUUAGAAAAUGGCCGCCGCGCCGAGCGGAGAGGAGAGACUGGAGGAAAAGACAGAAGACUUGGAUCAGAAAGACAAACCUCCAAAACUCAGGAAAGUUAAGAAAUUUAUAAAGGAUGAUGAAGAAAGCCCAGAGCAAGCUCAUCCGUCAGCACAGCAGUCAGAGGAGCCUGCAGAAGCAGGGAAAGCAGAGAUGCCUGAAAGCUCAGAGGCCGCACCUGCUGUCCCAGAAGCCUCUGCUUCUUCUAAGCAAAGACGCUCUGUUAUUAGAGACAGAGGGCCUAUGUAUGAUGACCCUACUCUUCCUGAAGGUUGGACAAGAAAGCUCAAACAGAGAAAGUCAGGACGUUCAGCUGGAAAAUAUGAUGUAUAUUUGAUCAACCCAAAUGGAAAAGCUUUUCGGUCCAAAGUUGAGCUUGUAGCAUACUUCAAAAAGGUAGGAGACACAUCCCUUGACCCAAAUGAUUUUGAUUUCACUGUAACUGGGAGAGGAAGUCCAUCUCGAAGGGAGCAGAAGCAGCCGAAAAAACCCAAAGCUCCAAAACCUGCUGGCACAGGUAGAGGAAGAGGAAGGCCCAAAGGAAGUGUGAAAGCAAAGCAAGCUGUCAAGUUAGAGGGUGUUCAAGUGAAAAGGGUCAUAGAAAAGACUCCAGGAAAGCUACUGGUCAAAAUGCCUUUUUCGGGAACUAAGGAAGAACCUGAUGCAGCAACAUCAGAACAGGUCCUUGUCAUUAAACGUCCAGGCCGUAAAAGAAAAUCGGAAACCGAUCCUGCGGCGGCUCCGAAAAAACGGGGUCGUAAGCCAGGCAGUGCUAUUGCUGCUGCUGCUGCUGCCGCUGCAGCGGCAGCAGCGGAGGCGGCCAAGAAAAAAGCAAUCAAAGAGUCUUCCAUCAAGCCACUCCUAGAGACCGUAUUACCAAUAAAGAAGCGCAAGACACGGGAAACUGUGAGUUUAGACGUUACAGAAACCCCAGAGUAUCCUUCCGCCAUCUUGGAAAAAAGCACCGUCAAAGUACAGAAGCCUGCAAAAAGCCCAGAAAGCAAAAGCAAAGAGAGUAGCCCUAAAAGCAAGAGCAGUUUGCCCAAAAUGGAGCAGAAGCAGCACCACCACCACCAUCACCACCACCAUCACCACUCUGAAUCCAAGGCAUCGACAACCAGCCCCGAACCAGAGACUUCAAAGGACAGCAUAAGUGCCCAAGAACCCCAGGACUUAAGUGUCAAAAUUUGCAAAGAUGAGAAAAUACCAGAAAGCGAUGGCUGCGCUCAGGAGCCGCCUAAGCCGGCAGACAAGUGCAGAAACAGAGGAGAAGGUGAACGAAAAGACAUUAUUUCUUCAUCUGUUCAAAGACCGACCAGGGAGGAACCUGUUGAUACCAGAACACCAGUGACCGAGAGAGUUAGCUGACUUUAAGACGAUUAUCAAAAACAGUUAAACAUAAUAAAGGCAGCUGUUGUCUUUUUCUCCUUGUGGGUAGGGCUCUGACAAAGCUUCCCUAUAAUUGAAGUAAAGAAAAGUCUAUUUUUUCCUCCUGUAGCUUGGAGUUUCGUAGCUUCGGGGUGGGAGUGAAUGUGUAACGUGGAUCUUUUUAAUACCAACGAGCACAGUCAGUCGUGGGGUGAAGACUUGCAACAGAGCCAGAAGCAGCUUUGCACUUUUUUUUAUACUAAAUAGGCUCCUUUUGAACAUGGCUUAGUCUGCAUCAUACUACUGACCAAGUUGGGCUGUCUCUUUUAACUUUUUAGGUAUGACGACUUCAGCUUUCCUCUCGUUUAGCACAUUAUAAAAAUCCCUGUGCCAUCUCUAGUGGGGGUUCACAUUGUUACCGAUCAAUAUCAAAUAUUUUGCAUCUAGUUACUUGUAGCUGUGGCAAAUAAAAUCACGGGGGUAACAUUUAAUCCUGACCGCAGUAUUGCCAAAUGAUUGUGUCCCAUGGACUGAGCCAGGGUGUACAAAAAUAUUUUAGCGUUUUAAUAAAAAGUGUCUUAGCUACUCACAGACGUAAUGGUCUUUGCCCCUACUCUCUCACUUCCCUUUUUAGUUGAGUGCGACGGUUGGUGUAGUCUUUCAAAGGCUCAUGUAUAUAGUUUGAUAUUUUUGUGACUUUGGGUACCUGAUUAGAUAUACCGGACUAAAGGGGACAUCUAAAACCAAUUAGUGUGAGCCCUCAAUGUAUUUUCUGGAGUAUAUACUGCUUGAAACAAUUUAUUUUAUUUUUUACUACCCCAUAUUCAGAAAAUAAAGUCUCCGGGGUAAUCUAUAUAAUGUUGGGAAGGUCUGCAAUAAGUUGUCUCGUUAAGGUAAAAACACAAGGUAUGAGAUAGUCAGGCGUACCUGCCACAGUUGACAGUGCAAAUAUCUAUUCAGUCAUACGCACAUCUGUAUGUACAGUUAUAGGGAAAAUUAUCUGCAAUGUUCUUCCAGUUAAUUUAAACAUAAGUAGCUCUUCUCUAGUAAUAAUCAAUAUUGCACUGCUUAUCUCGCCCAUAGAACUAAAAACAGGUGUGAUUAAGACUGAACGGCAGGAAGCUAGUUGAAUGCUGUUGUUUUGUCUUUGUAUGUUUUAUUUUAUUUUUUACGUCUUUUUUUUUUUAUAGAGAAAUGAUUUUGUAGAUAAAAAAUACAUCUAGUUAGACUUUUUUUGUUAAUGCAGACCGUCAAGUGAAGCUGCGAAACUCUAAGUGUUUUAGUAUGAGGUUUUUUUUUUCUUCUUUGUUUGAGAUAUUUCAUUUUGCAGUUUCAUAAGGACUUCCUGUUAGGCACUGACUUGUGGUGGGUUUAGUAUAGUGAUGUAUACUGAAGCACCACAUCUCCCUCCUGCAACAGCGGCAAAAAUCCCCAACAGUAGUAGUGGCUUUAGGUGACACCUAGAACUCAUUGUUUAGCAAUAUAUGUUAGAACCUCAGCCCCUGUUAAGUGAGUGAAUGGAAGUUUUUGUUUCCUUGUGCUCGCCUUUUUAUGUAACGUGAAGGCUUGUCUUGAUGAAUUUUAUCUGAUACCUAUUUGUGAGGAUGCUGUUAGACUGCAUGGGUUUUAUACUUUAAAGAUGUGCAUAACUCCUAUUUGUAUUUUGUGUGUAUGUACGAGUGUGUGUGUGCAUAUAUAGACAUAUAUAUAUAUACAUACACACGCUCACAUUUUGUUUUACAGAAAUUAUGUGUCGGAGAACAUUUCUGUACAGGUGGGCAGGCUGUGUUGACCUGGUUUUCUUCAUGCUCAUUCCAAAGCAUUUUUUUCAGUAUGCUAGAAAAAAAAAAUAAGGACUCGCUUGUAUAAUUUAAUUAAAAACAAAAACCCCAACCUUUAAAAAUUCUAAUUGUCAUCUAUAAUCAUCACGAUGGCAUGGCAUACUCUGGAAGUCCUUAUUAACCUGCACCUUGCUUUUGUUUUUACAAAGAAAGGUGAAAAAAAUCUUUGUUUACGGAGAAAUCCAUGCUAUACGGUAUAUAUGUGUUACGUCAGGAACAGCACUUCGCAGACUGUCCUCCUGAACGGCGUUAACGUGUCAAAGGGAAGCGUCAGUCCUGUCCACGUCCUCCUGUGCUACUACACGGAACUGUCAGACCUGUGCAGGUUUUCAAAUAACUUCUCAUCUUUUACUUUGUACAAAUCAUUGGAAUACAUUCACGUAGAAUCAUUUGUUGAAAAGUAUGAUGAUGUUUUUAUUUCAGCACUGUUUUAUUUUUGGCAUGCAGGAAUCGAUGAUCUACAAAAACUUUCCGUAUUUUUUUGUGUUCAUCAAUCAUACACACGUGACUGUUCAGAGCAAUGAUCCCGAGCGCUCUUUCUAGCUCUGUAACUACAGUAGCCUGGUAGUGUCAUAUUUUUCACUUCCAUAGACUGUCAGACUGAAAUGACACAGACAGCUGCUCUGUAAACAGGAUAUUCAACACCUUGUGUUUUGUGUUUGUUUGUUUUUUAACAGUUUCCAUUAACGAGAGAUGUGCACUUUUUUGUAAAAGAUAGAGUGCCAUUCUCAAAUGCCUUUUAUAGAGAGCACUUUAGUUAUGUAUUAAUCAAGUGUUUGAUUAUUCUGUGUGAAACAUAGGAAGACUUUGCAACCGUACGUUAGGAAAUAAUGUGUGUAAUUGUCUGUAUACUGAAAUACACAAAAAAACCUACUGCUUUGAUCAAUCA